GUUUUAGCUAAAUCUGCUUUAACCGGAGUUAAUAAUGCCUGCAGUCAUUUUUUUUUCUCUCUUCCAUUCUCUCUUACUCUCAAUAAUAUGGUUCGAUUUAAGCAUCGCUGGAUUCUGUUUCAAGUUAAUCAAGAUCCAGUGAUUGAAAAUGGUCAAAUAGUUUAUCCAAGAGCCAGUUUGAAAUUAAAUGAUCAAAUGAUCAGUCGAGCAAUCUAUAAUCAAAUCGAGAUCUACUAUGGACAAUUCGGUAAAGGACUUGGCAGUGUAGCAGUCAAAUGGUAUAACCCAGAUACAAGGAUUGGCAUUAUGCGUAUUCCUAGAGAUUAUACAAACAUGUAUCUAUCGACUAUGUUUUAUAUGAACAAGAUAGCUUCUGUGCCGUGUAGUAUAAGUAUUCUGAGGGUAUCAGGCACGAUUAUCUUUGUACAGACAGCGGCAAUUGAGUGGGAUAGAACAUAUUAUAUAAGAGAACAGGAAGAAGCAGAAAAGAAAGGUCAGCAUUACAGUUCAGCAGAAAAGAUAGAAACAUCCAGGAAGCAGAUUGCCUCUAUUUCAUGAUAAUAAAUACCGUCAUUUUUCACACAUACCCGCUAGAGCUCAUCAGCUGAUAUAUCCUAAAGUGCUGUUAUAAGAUAUAUUCAUCAAAUGUUAUCAAUUCUGAACAUUUGAGUAUAGAUUGCGCAUAAUAAUAUAUAGCCAGCUGUAAUAUGAUUUUUUGUGUCGAUCAUCCAGUAGAAUGUCCAUAUUGGAAAUCAGGGUU